AUGAGACACCCUAAGGACUUUCUUGAGGACGUUCUUAUGCAAGUGAAGGAUCUUGUAUUCCUAGCUGACUUCUAUGUGCUAGACAUGACUGAUGAGAUUAAAGCCGAUAGCACUUUGAUUCUAGGAAGACCUUUCCUUAGAAUAGCCCAAACCAUAAUUAAUGUGAAAGAUGGGGUCAUCACCAUGGGCUUUGAGGACCAACAGAUUACCUUCAACAUUUCUAUGAUGAGUCAAGGUUAUGCAGAUUGCUCUUACUUGGGUGUUAAUUUGAUUGAUUGUGCUGUUAAUGAUGUUGAUGAUUUCCAUGAAUCUGAGAUGCAUAAGCAUAACUGGUAUAAUGAGAUUGUUGAGCAUGAUGAUGCGUUUACUUAUGUAUCUACCCCUCAUUCUUCUUCUUUUUGCUCAUGUUAUGGUACUUUUGAUAACGGAGUUGUUACACAAGCUACACUGGUAGCUUCUCCUUUGAGUGGUGCUAGAACAUUAGAAGAGGCUAGCAACAAGCCUGCCGCUAAUUUAGUCACUUCUAAUCCCACUCUUCCUUGUGAUUUACUUAAUAUUUCUGUUGAUAAAAUUGAUACCGAUCAUCUUCUUUGCACUUUUCAAAGGUGUAUGAUGGUGAUAUUUAGUGAUCUUCAAAAACAGAAUAUGGAAGUUUUUAUAGAUGACUUCACUGUUUAUGGUGCCAUGCUUGGACAGAAAGAGGAGAAACAGUCUAGAUUCAUAGCAUAUGCCUCCAAGACGCUUGAUUUUGCUCAAGUCAAUUAUACCACUACAGAGAAAGAAUUAUUUGCUAUUAUUUUUGCUUUGGACAAUUUUAGACAGUAUGGCAUUCUAAGAGCAAUCAUCAGUGACCAAGAAACACACUUCUGCAAUAGGACCAUCAAGUCUCUAUUGGCUAAACAUGGAGUCAAUCACAAGUUGGCCACCCCUUAUCACCCUCAAAAGAAUGGGUUAGCUGAAGUCUCUAACCGGGAAGUAAAGCGAAUACUUGAGAAGAUCGUGAAACCAUCCUAUAAGGAUUAG